AUGAAGUACGCCAACCUCCUCCUGGCUGCCCUCGCGGCUCCAAUCCAGGCCGCCUUUACCUGGAAGAAUGUCAAGAUUGGCGGCGGCGGUGGUUUCGUGCCCUCCAUCGUCUUCCAUCCCACGACAAAGGGAGUAGCGUACGCCAGGACCGACAUUGGCGGGUUGUAUCGCCUCAAUGCCGAUGACUCGUGGACUCCAGUGACCGACGCCAACAGCUUUGCUGAUGACUCUCACUGGAACCGGUGGGGCGUCGAUGCUCUCGCGCUGGAUCCCCAGGACGCCAACAAGGUCUUCAUCGCUGUUGGAAUGUACACAAACAGCUGGGACCCAAAUAAUGGACAAAUUGCCCGUAGCUCCGAUAAGGGCGCGACCUGGUCAUUCACUGACCUGCCUUUCAAGGUCGGAGGAAACAUGCCAGGAAGAGGAAAUGGCGAGCGUCUUGCAGUAGACCCCAAGAACUCUAACAUCAUCUACUUCGGUGCCCGCAGUGGUAAUGGACUUUACAAGAGUACCAACGGAGGCACGAGCUUCUCCAAGGUCUCCUCCUUCACCGCAGUCGGAACUUUCCGUGCCGGACCAGCCGACAACGAGUACAGCGGCGACAUCCAGGGAAUCAACUUUGUGACUUUUGACUCAACUUCAGCCGCUCUUAGCGGAGCUACCUCUCGCAUAUUCGUUGGUGUUGCUGAGAACACUACCUCAUCCGUCUAUGUCUCCAAUGAUGCUGGUUCAACUUGGUCGGCAGUUGCUGGCCAGCCUGGCAAGUAUUUCCCCCACAAGGGAAGGAUUCAGCCCACAGAGAAGGCGCUCUACCUCACUUACUCGGACGGCACUGGCCCCUAUGACGGUACAUCGGGUUCCGUGUGGAGAUACGACCUUACUGCCAACACGUGGAAGGACAUCACCCCUGUUGCUCCCGGAUCCGACUUGUACUUUGGUUUCGGUGGACUGGGUCUUGAUAUGCAAAAGCCCGGUACCCUGGUCGUUGCUACUCUCAAUAGCUGGUGGCCGGAUGCGCAACUGUUCAGAUCAACUGAUUCUGGGGCGACAUGGAAGAAGAUUUGGACGUGGGGUACCGACGGCAAUCAAAACUUCAGUUAUGUUCAAACCAGCCCCAAGGCCCCUUGGAUUAAGACCAACUUCCUCGACGUCGACACCAAAGAUUUGGGCUGGAUGAUUGAGUCCCUUGAGAUCGACCCCCUAGACUCUAACCACUGGCUCUGGGGAACUGGUCUGACCAUCUUUGGUGGCCAUGACCUUACCAACUGGGAUACAGGUGCCAAGGUGAACAUCCAGUCACUUGCAGAUGGAAUUGAGGAGAUGUCUAUCCAGGAACUCGCCAGCGCCCCCGGGGGCUCAGAACUAUUGGUUGCCAACUACGACAAUAACGGGUUCACAUUCAAGGCCAAGAGCAACCUUGACACAUCGCCCCAGACCACCUGGACAAAUCCGAUGUGGGCAAGCUCCGUCGGCGUUGACUACGCCGGUAACAAGGUGGCCAACGUCGUUCGCGUCGGCAACACCGCAGGCACUCAGCAACUGGCUGUGAGCUCUGACGGCGGAGCUACCUGGAACAUCAACUACGCAGCUGGCACGACGCAGUACGGCGGUACAGUCGCAUACUCUGCCGACGCUGACACCAUUCUCUGGUCGACCGCAACACUCGGGGUCCAGAGGAGCCAGAACCAAGGCUCUCUUGCCGUCGUCUCGAGCAUUCCGGCUGGCGCCAUCAUCGCCAGUGACAAGAAGAACAACACCGUCUUCUACGGCGCCUCCGGAUCCAGCUUCUACCGCUCUACCAACCUCGGCGCAACAUUCGCCACCUCUGGCUCUUUUGGCUCUGCCUCUGAGAUCCGCCAUGUCGAAGCUCACCCAGCCAAGGCAGGCGACGUCUGGGUCUCGACCAACGUUGGAAUCUUCCACAGCACCGACUACGGCGUCACCUUCACCCAAGUCUCCACAGUCCUCACCAACACAAACAAGAUCGCACUCGGAAAGGGAUCUGGCACCAACUGGAACCUCUACGCUUUCGGCACCGGCUCCGCAGGCCGCAGACUCUACGGCAGCGCCGACCUCGGCGCCUCCUGGACGGAUCUCCAGGGCACCCAGAGCUUCGGCGCCAUUGACAGCGCCAAGCUCGCCGGCUCAGGGAACGAGGAGAACUUGGUCUACGUCGGCGCCAACGGACGCGGUGCCUUUUACGCUUCUGGUGCCAUUGCAUCCUCCGGCGGUGGAUCGACCUCUGCCGCGCAGACUUCGACUAGCAGAGCUUCGAGCUCCACGGCCGCAGUGACCUCUUCGACUUCCUCUGCUAGGUCUUCUACCCUGACGACUUCUACAACGGUCCGAACUUCGACUAGCUCUGCGCCUGCGGCCACGGCGACGAACUUGGCUCCGCAGUACGGACAGUGUGGAGGACAAGGCUGGACCGGGCCUACGCAGUGUGUGUCACCGUACAUCUGCACCGUUUCGAAUCAGUAUUAUUCCCAGUGCCUGUAA